CUUUUCCACAGAACCCUCUACUGUGCCAGGUCAAAGAGCGUUCAUUCUGCAAUAUCUCGUGAAGUGGAGCCUUGCUGUCCAUAUGAGUUAUAAGACCAAGCUUACCUUCCUCUCAGGUUCCAACCACCAUAAUCAAAUUACUCCAAAGGCCAAGCUCAGCUUCCAUUCGUCCCAGGUUCUCAGCCCUGGCUGCUCUGCCAAGAUCCAUCCAUGGCUCCUGUCUUCUUCCUCCUCCUCUUCAGCCAAAUCUUUCUCUGCACCGCAGUGGACACCAUCAACUCCACCACGCCGCUGUCCGGGACGCAGAAGAUCGUCUCCAAGGGCGGCAGGUUCGCCCUUGGAUUCUACACCCCGCCACAAGGUAACAACACCGCCUCCGGCACCGGCAACUACUACAUAGCUAUAUGGUACAACAACAUACCGUUGCAGACGACGGUGUGGACGGCCAACAGCGACGUGCCGGUGUCUGACCCGACCACCGCAUCCUUGUCCAUCGGCAGCGAUGGCAAUCUUGUCCUCCUUGAUCAAUCCAAGAACAGGCAGCUGUGGUCGACCAACGUAAGUGUGGCCUCCAACUCCACCGUUGCCGUCAUCCAGGACGGCGGUAGCCUCGACCUCAUGGAUGCCACCAAUUCAUCCAUAGUCUACUGGAGGAGCAUAGAUCAUCCGACAAACACCUGGCUUCCGGGCGGCAAGCUGGGGCUGAACAAGACCACUGGUGUGAGCCAGCGGCUUGUGCCAUGGAGGAACAAUGCAAACCCGUCCCCUGGGCUGUUCUCCCUUGAGCUGGAUCCCAACGGCACAACGCAGUACUUCAUCCAGUGGAACGACUCCAUCACUUACUGGACCAGCGGCCCUUGGAACGGUAAUAUCUUCAGUCUUGUGCCCGAGAUGACGGCCGGCUACAACUACAACUUCCGGUUCAUUAACAAUGUCUCGGAGAGCUACUUCAUAUACUCCAUGAAGGAUGACUCGAUCAUCUCGCGGUUCACCAUUGAUGUGAAUGGGCAGAUCAAGCAGUGGACAUGGGUACCAGCCUCGGAGAAUUGGAUCUUGUUCUGGUCCCAGCCACGGACGCAGUGUGAGGUGUACGGGCUCUGCGGCGCAUAUGGAAGUUGCAACCUCAAUGUCCUGCCGUUCUGCAACUGCAUCAAGGGGUUCAGCCAGAAGUUUCAGAGUGAUUGGGACCUCCAGGAUUUUACUGGUGGGUGCAAGAGAAACGUACCGUUGCAGUGCCAGACCAACUCAAGCUCUGCACAGACUCAGCCUGAUAAGUUCUAUUCCAUGGUUAGUGUGAGGCUACCUGAUAAUGCUCAGAGUGCAGUGGCCGCUAGUUCUCAGGCCUGUCAGGUUGCUUGCCUGAAUAAUUGCUCCUGUAAUGCUUACACUUACAAUAGUAGUGGCUGCUUUGUUUGGCAUGGGGACUUGAUUAACCUCCAAGACCAAUACAAUGGGAAUGGAGGAGGCACACUCUUCCUCAGGCUUGCAGCGUCUGAACUUCCAGACUCUAAAAAGAGCAAGAAAAUGAUCAUUGGUGCAGUUGUAGGUGGAGUUGCUGCAGCUUUGAUAAUCCUUGCAAUUGUGUUGUUCAUCGUAUUCCAGAAAUGCCGCCGAGACAGGACUCUUCGCAUAUCCAAGACUACAGGGGGCGCACUGAUUGCCUUCCGGUACAGUGAUCUGCAGCAUGUCACCAGCAACUUCUCAGAGAAGCUGGGUGGAGGUGCCUUUGGCACAGUAUUUAAAGGGAAGCUCCCAGAUUCAACAGCCAUUGCAGUGAAGAGGCUUGAUGGACUGAGCCAGGGGGAGAAGCAAUUCCGUGCUGAGGUAAGCACCAUCGGGACCAUCCAACAUGUCAAUCUGGUUCGCCUACUUGGUUUCUGCUCUGAAGGAUCAAGAAGACUGCUUGUCUAUGAGUACAUGCCAAAGGGCUCCCUGGAAUUGCAGCUGUUCCAUGGUGAGACAACGGCACUGAACUGGGCCAUAAGGUAUCAAAUUGCACUUGGAACAGCAAGGGGCCUAAAUUACCUGCAUGAAAAAUGUAGGGAUUGCAUAAUACACUGUGAUGUUAAGCCAGAUAACAUACUUUUGGAUGAGUCAUUUGUACCCAAAGUGUCUGACUUUGGUCUAGCAAAGCUCUUAGGGCGGGAUUUCAGCCGUGUUUUGACAACAAUGAGAGGGACAAGGGGUUACCUUGCGCCUGAGUGGAUCAGUGGUGUGCCGAUUACUCCUAAGGCAGAUGUCUUCAGCUAUGGCAUGAUGCUCUUCGAACUCAUAUCAGGCAGAAGGAAUGCUGAUCUAGGGGAGGAGGGAAAGUCCUCUUUCUUCCCAACUUUGGCUGUAAACAAACUCCAGGAAGGUGAUGUGCAGACCUUGUUAGACCCCAGGUUGAAUGGAGAUGCCAGUGCUGAUGAGCUCACAAAAGCUUGCAAGGUUGCCUGCUGGUGUAUCCAAGAUGAUGAAAAUGGCAGACCUACAAUGGGUCAGGUCGUCCAAAUUUUAGAGGGAUUCCUUGAUGUCAACAUGCCUCCUGUUCCAAGGUCACUGAAGGUUCUUGAUGAAAGCCCUGAUGUCAUAAAUUUUUUCUCAGAUGUUUCAUCAAGUCAAACUUCGCAGAUGCAUAAUAGCACAGCUUCUUCGCAGACAAAGAGUUCUACUUCAGGUGGUUCACAAUUUCAGAGCACAUAAAUCAGAAAAUCCUGAAUUUGAUUAGGGAAAGACAUUUACGUAUUUGAGAGUAAUAUGAGUGACUCAUGUUGUACAUAUGCUAUGCUUUUCUGUAGUUCUGUAGUUCCAUGCCUUCUGUAUAUUAAUAGCACAUAAUUGAGCUAUCACGAACUAACACAUUGAGCCAUCCACCA